AUGAGGAAGAAAGUGGACUCUCGAAUUCGAACGCUCGUGGAAAAUGGAGUGAAACUGAACGAGCGAACUUUAUUCGUCGUCGUCGGGGACAACGCGAGAGAACAAAUCGUCAACAUUCAUUACAUGCUUUCCAAAGCCAUCGUGAAAGCGCGACCGAGCGUGUUGUGGUGUUACAAGAAAGAUUUAUACCUGAGUUCGAACAAAAGAAAACGACAGAAACAAGUGAAAAUGAUGCAAAACAGCGGGGCGAUGGACGAAGAGAACGAAGAUCCGUUCAACUUGUUCGUUUCGAGCACGCAGAUUCGAUACUGUUAUUACCACGAGACACAAAAAGUACUCGGGAAUACGUUCGGGAUGGCAGUUUUACAAGAUUUUGAAGCGUUGACGCCGAACUUGUUGGCGAGAACGAUUGAAACCGUCGAAGGAGGCGGGAUUAUCGUUUUAUUGUUGUCGAAUUUAGAGUCUUUGACGCAAUUGUACACGAUGUCGAUGGACGUGCACGCGAGAUUUAGAACCGAGUCUCACGAUAAAGUAGUCCCGAGAUUUAACGAACGGUUCAUUUUGUCUUUGGGAGCGUGUCAAACGUGCGCAAUUAUGGACGAUGAGUUGAAUAUUUUGCCGAUUUCUUCGCACAUUAGAUCGAUCGCGCCGGUGACGAGCGAGCAAGCAGCACAGGAACACGCGGAUUUAACGGAUUUGAAAGAAUCCUUGAAAGAAACCGAGCCGGCUGGGCCUUUAGUCUCGCAGUGUAGAACAUUAGACCAAGCGAAAGCAGUGGUGACAUUUUUGGAUGCCGCGAGCGAAAAAACGUUGCGUUCGACCGUGGCGUUGACUGCGGCGAGAGGUCGAGGGAAAUCUGCCGCUAUGGGUAUUGCCAUUGCCGGCGCAGUCGCCAUGGGAUACUCGAACAUUUUCGUCACUUCGCCGUCGCCGGAGAACUUGAAGACAUUUUUCGAAUUUGUAUUGAAAGGUUUCGAUAAGCUUGGCUAUAAAGAACAUUUGGAUUACGAUUUAGUGGAAUCGUCAAACCCGGCGUUUGGAAAAUCAAUCGUUCGAAUUAACGUCACGAGGAACCAUCGACAGACGAUUCAGUAUAUAUUACCUCAGCACCACGAAAGAGCGGCGACGGCGGAGUUGUUGGUGAUUGAUGAAGCUGCGGCGAUUCCUUUGCCGACGGUGAAAGCAUUAUUGGGGCCGUAUUUAGUCUUUUUGUGCUCGACGAUUAAUGGCUACGAAGGUACUGGGAGAGCGUUGUCGAUUAAGUUAAUUGGGAAUUUAAGACGGGAAGCUUCGUCGAGUUCUUCCGGGCAACAAGGCAGGCACGGAAAGAAUAACAAACAUAAUAACAACAAUAGCAAUAAAGGAGAAGGAGGAGGUAGUGGUCGGUUGCUGCGAGAAGUGCAACUCUCGGAGCCUUGCAGAUACGCUCCAGGAGAUCGAAUCGAGUCGUGGUUGAAUCAACUCCUCUGUUUAGACGCCGCUGAUGCUUUACCACCGCUCAUUAAUACGAUCCCACCGCCAUCAGCGUGCGAGUUGUACGAAGUCUCCAGGGAUACUUUGUUCUCCGCGCACAAAGCUUCGGAGCAGUUCCUUAAACGCAUGAUGGCUUUGUACGUUUCAUCGCAUUAUAAGAAUACACCAGACGAUUUACAGUUGAUGUCGGACGCACCAGCACACAGAUUGUACGUGUUAUUAGCACCUGUCAACGAGCAAUCAAACGCGUUGCCGGAGAUUUUGUGCGUCUUGCAAAUUGCACUCGAAGGUGCCAUCUCGAAAGUGUCGGCGAGAGCGUCGUUAGCAGCUGGUAGCGCACCUUCAGGUGAUUUGAUUCCAUGGACAAUCUCUGGGCAAUUUCAAGACGACGCAUUUCCUGGUUUAACUGGAGCGAGAAUAGUUCGGAUUGCGGUCCACCCAGAUUUGCCGAGGCAAGGAUACGGCACGAGAGCACUCGAAUUACUACACGAAUAUUACGAAGGAAAACUCAUCGAUAUGCGCGAAAAUAUGGAUAUUGGUAAGAAAAAUAAAGAUAAAAACGAUGGAGAAAAUGGGCACAACAAAAUGAACGGUGGAUUAAGUAGCGAAACCGUAAAACCGAGAGAAGAUUUACCGCCGCUUUUAGUGAAUCUAGCCGAACGGGAACGCGAGCGAGUGCACUGGACCGGAACGGCGUUCGGUUUGACCUCUGAGCUCUAUCGAUUUUGGUCAAAAUCAGGGUAUGAACCAGUCUACGUGCGUCAAGUGCCGUCGGAUAUAACUGGGGAACACUCGUGCGUAAUGCUUCGCGUGUGCAAUGCGAACGACGACAACGACGACGACGCUCCGGAAGGGGAGUGGCUCGCACCAUUUUCGGACGAUUUCAGAGUCCGAUUCCGUUCAUUGCUCGGAGCACCUUUUCGAGAACUUCCACCUUCGUUGGCACUAUCCGUGUUAAACCCGCAGGUUCAAUACGACGAUAAUGAUAAGCAAAGCGGAGCAGGAAGAGACGCGGUUAUUCGAACCGAUAACGAAAUUUUAUCGCCGCACGAUUUACGACGUUUGGAGAAAUACUCGAGUUCCUUGGUAGAUCAUCACGUCAUUACGGAUCUUGUUCCACCGAUAACGCGAGCAUACUUUGCUAAGAGAAUACCAGUGACGCUAUCGUACGCGCAAGCAGCGAUAUUGUUAGGCAUGGGGUUACAACAACGAACGUUGGACGAUAGCUCGAAACAGUUGGAUUUGCCUCCACAACAAGUGAUGGCGCUGUUUAACAAAGCUAUGCGGAGAAUAUACGGGGCAUUAAAAUUGGGACGAGUCAAGGAAAUAGAAGCAGCGCUUCCGAGUUACGUCAUGCCAAACUUAACACCGCACGCUAUUGGUGUCGAUGAAGAUUUGCAAGAAGGGGCGGAUAAAGUGAGCAACGAAGUUCGUAAAAAGCAACAAGAACUACUCCAGGAAACCGAGCUUCAACGUUACGCCAUCGCUGGUACGGACCGAGAGUGGGCCGCCGCCAUCGACGCCAAGAGCGCUCGCGGCGACGGUAAAAUCCUCUCCGUGCACAGACAAAAAGACUCGAUGAAAGACAUCCCGUGGGACGCGAAGAAGAAAGAGAAGAGCAGUAAAGACGGCGACGACGAUAAGGAUAAGAAGAAGGAUAAGAAGAAAGAUAAAAAGCAUCAUCAUCACAAGUCGAGCAAGAAGAGAUUGAAAGGAACGUAA